GCCGGGCUCGGGCCGGAGCGGGGCGCGGGGCGCCGGGAGCGGCGCGGCCUGAGAGGACUCUAAGGUUUCAGGAGUCGAGCGAAGGCGGAGGCCGAGGCGGCGCCGAGCCUCACAGACAGCAGCCGCCACCCGAGCGAGCGCAGCCGUGCGGAGGCCACCGGCGGGAACCUCGGAGCCACCGUCCGCCCGCGCAGCCGCCGCCGCCGCCGCCGCCGCGGGAGCCCGUCGCCGGGAGCAGCCGCGGCGGAAGACAACGGAGGGGCCGAGCGCCCGCGCCGCGCCGCGGGGACCGAGCGAGCAGCCCGAGGCGGCGGCGGCGGCGGCCGAGGACGGGGACGGCGACGACGCGGAGGCCGAGAGGGAGCCGCCCGGCCCGGCCCAGCCCCGUCAAGCAGGCAGAGCGCGGCAGAGGCCUCUGUCACUGCCGUCAUGCCGUUCCCAUUUGGCAAGUCUCACAAAUCUCCAGCAGACAUCGUGAAGAACCUGAAGGAGAGCAUGGCUGUUCUGGAAAAGCAGGACAUUUCUGACAAAAAGGCAGAAAAGGCCACGGAAGAAGUUUCCAAAAAUCUGGUUGCCAUGAAAGAAAUUCUCUAUGGCACAAACGAGAAGGAGCCACAGACAGAAGCAGUAGCUCAACUUGCUCAAGAAUUAUACAAUAGCGGGCUCCUUAGCACCCUGAUAGCUGAUUUACAGCUCAUUGACUUUGAGGGCAAAAAAGACGUGGCUCAAAUUUUCAACAAUAUUCUCAGAAGACAAAUUGGUACAAGAACUCCUACUGUUGAAUACAUCUGCACCCAACAGAAUAUUUUGUUCAUGUUAUUGAAAGGGUAUGAGUCUCCAGAAAUAGCUCUAAAUUGUGGAAUAAUGUUAAGAGAAUGCAUCAGACAUGAACCACUUGCGAAAAUCAUUUUGUGGUCGGAACAGUUUUAUGAUUUCUUCAGAUAUGUGGAAAUGUCGACAUUUGACAUAGCUUCAGAUGCAUUUGCUACAUUCAAGGAUUUACUUACAAGACAUAAAUUGCUCAGUGCAGAAUUUUUGGAACAGCAUUAUGAUAGAUUUUUCAGUGAAUAUGAGAAGCUACUUCAUUCAGAAAAUUAUGUGACAAAAAGACAGUCACUGAAGCUUCUUGGUGAACUACUGUUAGAUAGACAUAACUUCACAAUUAUGACAAAGUACAUCAGUAAACCUGAGAACCUCAAAUUAAUGAUGAACCUCCUCCGAGACAAAAGUCGUAACAUCCAAUUUGAGGCCUUUCACGUUUUCAAGGUGUUUGUGGCCAAUCCCAACAAGACACAGCCCAUCCUGGACAUCCUGCUCAAGAACCAGACCAAGCUCAUCGAGUUCCUCAGCAAGUUCCAGAACGACCGGACCGAGGAUGAGCAGUUCAACGAUGAGAAGACCUAUUUAGUUAAACAGAUCAGGGAUUUGAAGAGACCAGCACAGCAAGAAGCCUAAUUUCCAAUAAACACCUACAAUAUUAAACCCAAAUUCAGCAUUUGCUGUUAGCUAUUCAGCAUCAGGCACUCUUAUCGAUUCAUGAGGAACAUUACUGCUAAUCUGCUGUUAAGUGAACGGUUUUCAUUUUACCUUUUUGUUUUUCAGUCCAGGUUGGAGAACGUAGCUGCUGCUGCCUGCACGCUAGCGCACACGUGGGCUUUUUCCCUUGAUCUUUGUGUCAUUCAGAAUUCAAAGACUCUGUUUGCUACAGGAGAUGUGAACAUGGCUGUGUUCAUGAGGGCAGAUGUAUGGAUGAGAAUGGCGUAGGGAAGAGGGCAUCGCUAUUACCAGCCAACCCCGUGUGUUUGCAUUGCUCCUCGGUGAAGAUGGGCACAUGGGGUGGCGUUCGCCUGGCACCCUUGCCGCCCACCAUCCGCCUUCGCUAAGGGAGCUGGCACGUGCAGAGCGUUUUGGAGAUCAGAGGGAUCUGUGUCCACGAUGUGAGCUUGGGGGAGGAUAAAGUUGACGUGCAAAUAAAUUGAUACUGAAACAGCAACUUCUCCAGAGUGUGAAGCUUCAUAAGGUCAUAAGGAAAAAAAAAUGUAUAUAUGCUUUUCACAGCUUUCUAGAACUUUCUGACAUUUGAUUUUCUUGAGACUUGUAAACCUGGAUAUGUUGAAGGGUAUUUGUUCAUUUUACUUUUUUGAAGGUAUUUUAAAACAGUAGAACUAGCAACGACACCCUGCAUUUCAUUUCAACACUGCUUACAGGUUUCUUUUGUAUAUAAUUCCUAGAGUGCUCAUUUCUUCUUUUAAAAUGGUUUAAUUUGUACAGCAGAGGAAUGUUAUUGUAGCAGUAUGUAACUAUACCUAAUACUGGGGUUUUGCAAAAAAAAAAAAAAAAUGAAUGCUCAUAUGUAAUUGAAAUACUUCAGAUCACAUGAAAAUGCUGAUUUAACAUUUAAGGAUCAACCGCAUUAAAAGAAAAAAGUAAAUCAAUCGUUUGUAUUCAGUUACCAAUGGGGUUCCAUCGGCAGGCUGGAAUGACAGACCUGAAACUCAGUUUGCUCCACUUUCCUGCCUAAUACUGGCCUUAUUUGUUUAAAAUGAGUCAUAAGUUUGCCAGAUCUAUGAAUGAUACCAAUUAUGCUAAAUUAAUGCUGAUUAUUUGUGUGGGGCUGGGGCGGGGGGCGGGAUCUCUACAGAGCACCCUUUCUUUCUUAGAGUAAGUAAUACAGUACAAUAGUUGUGAAACUGAAUCAUUAAACCUUUGGCUUCUCUUAGGAAAAGAAGAGUUCCUUGUCAUAGGUGUCCUAUGGGGAAAUUUAUUUUUUUUAAUGUCCUAUUCCUUAAUGCUGCAAAUUAUCAGUAUUUAUAAAGUAACUGAUUUUGCACCACAUUUUUGUGACUGUAACCACAGCAGAACAAUGUUCCCUAGACACUAUCAUUCUGUCUCUUAGAAUGGUACCUGUUCAUCUCAGUGACAAGCUGGUCACAAUUAACAACUUAACAAUCAGAGUUUACCAGGUCCAAUUCAGCAUGGCUAUAGCUGGGUGAAAAAUUUCUGUAAUCACUCUUUGCUAGUGUCUCUUACUAAUUGCAUUAUUUAUCAGCCAGUAAAAUGAGCCUCCCAGUUGUUUUAAAGCAGGUUUUAAAGGUCUCCUUCGAGAAACACAAGUUAGAAAAGCCACCCCAGAAAAUACACAUAUAUCUGAUUCUAUUAAGUUUAAAUGGCAGUCUAUAGUCAUAGGCUUUCUCAAGACUGUCUGUAUAAGAAAUGAUGUGAAAUAACUCACAUUCUCUACUGGUCUCCCAGAAAGAGAAUCUCUGAGCUGCAUCGGAAGGCAGACUCGGCCGUGAUGAGAGUUCCAGUUCUGGGCAAGGGCCAUGUGAUUCAGGAGUUCCCCAGCAGAUCAAAAGGAGGAAGUGCGCCCAAACCUGCUUCCACUUGAGCACCUCUGGGCUCUUCGUGGGAGAUAGUGGGGCGCAGGGAGCCCAAGAAAACAUCCUUGUGUUUCUAACAUGUCAGAAGCUGACCACACUUAGGACUUUUGUGCUUUUUGUUCUUAAAACGUUGAAAAGUUGCAUUUGAAGUUAGGAUCAUUUAAUAUAUUCAUAUUACCAAAAAGUAUAAUUAUACUGGGAGUGGUUUCUUUUUGUGUUAUAAAGGUUUAAUUUUACUUACGUCAGUUACUUAAUGUGAUUUUUUUUUAACCCUU